GUAUCUGCUUAGGAAAAGUGCUUUAGAAUUGUUUAUUGUUGAUCGGACUAACUUCUUCUUUGAUUUUGGGUCCACUGAAGUACGUAAGGAUGCCUAUCGUGCUAUUGUUCAAGCACAACCUCCUCAUUUGGGCAACAUUUAUUUGGCAACACAGAGGCCUGACCAACUAUUUAAGAGGAGCCAGCUUAUGGAGAAGUGGGCUCGGUGGGAGAUUAGUAAUUUUGAGUAUCUUAUGGAACUGAACACAAUGGCUGGACGCAGUUACAAUGACAUUACGCAGUACCCGGUUUUCCCAUGGAUCUUAGCUGAUUACUCUUCAAAGACAUUAGAUCUUAGUGAUCCUUCCUCGUAUCGAGAUCUCUCAAAGCCUGUUGGUGCAUUAAAUCCAGAAAGGUUGAAGAAGUUCCAAGAGAGAUACUCUGGUUUUGACGAUCCUGUUAUACCCAAGUUCCACUAUGGCUCCCAUUAUUCUACUGCAGGAACUGUAAGCCUUCAUAAGCUACAUUCGUUCUAACCAAAAAAAA